GUUUGCAGGACAACACUUCUUCAGUCCGAUCUUUCAUCGAACGCAGACACAUCCGUGUUAUCGUGAGAAAGCAAAGUGAGGAACAAGGUGACGGUAUUUGUUUAUCAGAGAAAACAGUAUUUUUCUGAGACAGAAAAUACCAGCCGACCGAAAUGGAGAACUCUUGCGAGCGCCCCACAGACAUGUCUCGGGAGAGACUUAUCCAAGAGCUCGAAAACACCAGAGAGCAGCUGAAAAAGCAGAAAACCCUGAAAGAAAUGUACAUCAAUCGGGGUAAAGAGACCACCAGAGAGCUGGAGCGGCUGAGAAAGUACAGCGAUGAUGCAACUCUCAGCAGCGCAAAGAUAGCUACUCAGGUGAGGGACAACACCAGACAGAAGAAGAAGAAGGAUCUUCAUAAAGAUUACGAGGAGCUGAAGGUUGCCCAUUUAAUCAAUGAGGAGAAAUAUCAAGCUGACCUCCAGGCGGAGAAGGACAAGAACAGUCUUCUUCAGAAAGAACUGUAUCAGAUCAGUGUUUCCUACAAUGAGCUCAGACUCAGGUAUGAGACUGAUGUCAUUGAAGUCAGACAGCAGGUUGAGACUCUACAACACGAGCUUCAGGGCGAAGCCCAGCAAAGAAAACUCCUUCAACAACAACACAAGGAGCUGGAAAUAGCACAAGCAUCCAGCCAGGACAAGUUUACUGCUGAGCUCCAGGUGGAGCAGCAGAAGAACAACCUUCUCCAAGACAAACUGGACAGAAUCAGCCAAGAGUAUGAAUCUGAAGUCGUCACUGUGAGACAGCAGGCUGAAAGUCUGCAGCGGGAGUUUGAAAAAGAAGUCAAGGCUCACGCAGACACAGUGUUGAGAGACUUGCAGGUCAUUACCAACUUGAAGGCUGAGCAGGACGACCUCCGUCACAGCAUGACAGAGGAAAUCAACAAUCUCAAGCAAAAGACCCUGGAGAAAGAGGAACAUUAUGAGAGACAACUGGAGGAGCUGAAAACUCAGCUUACUGUUCAGGUCGCUCUCAGCCUUGUCCUCUCCACAGAGCUUAAGGCGUUGAAGGAAGCUGAAAUCCCGGAGGAGAAGCCGUGCGAGCAGGAGUCCACUGCUACUACCUCAGCCCCCGAACUUCUGGAGGUGACCAACAUCCCCAAGGAGAAGUCGUGCGAGCAGGAGUCCAUCGAUACUGUUUCGGCCCCUGAACUUCUGGAGGUGACCAAAAUCCCCGAAGAGAAGGCGUGUGAGCAGGAGUCCAUCACUACUGCCCCGGCCCCAGACGUGACUCAAGUCUCCGAGGAGACUCACACAGCCAAACCAAAAAAGUCUUCCUGGAAAAGAGUCCGCCACUUUCUAGGAUUGAGGAAACCACAGAAGUGGAAGAAGUGAGAUGGCUUCAACAACUCAAGCUGUCACAAUCGCCAUCGAACAUCAACAUCAAUAACAUCUCUACUGUGGACAGCCAGUAGAUACCACAUGUCAUCUGUGGUCGGGCAUGGGUUGGCACUACAUCAGUGUUACCUCCAAACAGCAGCACACUCUUGCAGACAUAGUACGAGGAGCUAAUCAGAAAUGCUUCCCAUACUGUGUCUUUUAGACGAGCUACAUGUGUGCUGUCUGUGUGGAUAUUCUGGUGUAAGUUUAAUCCAUGGUCUUACACAUCGUGACACAGAGCAAGACCCCCCCCCGAGAGAUCAAGUUAGCCAACCGCUAGUUUACGUAGUUUUCGCAACCUCAGAAAUGACUGCACGAUAACAAUACAUUGCAGUAUACGCCUCCAGCAAGAAACUGCCAGCAGAAAGCCACAAAUGAUGCUCAGAACAGCACCAAACUUCA